UGAGGGCACACGGUAUUUCGGCACUGGCUCACCUGUCGGAUAUGCCGACAGGAAUUCCGCGAUAGAUCUACCGGGGAGACAAGCCAUAGGAUAUUGCGCAAUUAUUCAGGAAUUAAUCUCCAUGUUAAUUACAGUGGAAUUUCAAGUGUUAACACUUCCUUGAACUUAACACGGAUUUAUAACUAAGUGCUAACAGCAUGCAUCUGGAAAUUAUGGAUACAUUUCUGUUAGUUGUGCUUUGUACUUUGACACUUUCUUUAAUAGCUGAAUCUAAGUCUACAAAAUUGGAAAAUGAAGGCAGCGACUUGCCAGCAGUGAACAUAGAGCUGAGGGUACUGACCAAACGGGAGGCCCCGGACGACAUACACAAGGCCGGAUAUCCACAUGUAACUGGCCGCACAUUCCGCGCGUCUGAUCCGCUUGACCCUAAGCUUGAAUCGGACAAAUCUGUACAACAGUCAAUUCCACAAGGGUUCAGCGCGUUUGAGACUGUCAACACAAUCUUCCAGCCGGAGAUAGAGGAGGGUGGGUAUGAGGAGAGCGAGACAGGGGCAGAGAGGCGGCUUGCGGACAUGGUGGCGACAGACAGGGGGGAGCAAACCGCAGAGCUCCAGGGCAUUGACCGUCUCGAGGAAGAUGGUGCCAACUCGGCGAGUGAGAAUGUUGUUACUCACAUAAAUCCAAAUGCACAUGACGACGAUGGUGAUGGUGAUGAUGAUGAUGAUGAUGAUGAAGAUGAUGAUGAUGAGGUGGGGGAUGAGGAGGAGAAGAGACGCCAACCCUACGCCGCCCAGUAUCCAUAUAGACAAGUCACAUCUGAGGAGUACGGUCGGGCCGAGAUCUAUCCGACCACUGUUGGCGGGGACGGUGGAGAUAACUCAGACUCCGUCAUCAGAAGACAGGUCGUUGUCACCGGAAGUGGCCAUGAACAAGGCGCCACAGAUACUCGCUACAGUGGUCAGUCUGGAUAUGUUUCCGGAGACCGCCGAUACAAUUACGGGUCAUCUGGCUCACAAGGUGCCGGAAAUCCAUACCAGACCCACAGACAAACCGCGUCGCAAUAUCCACAAACGAGCAGGACACAAACAACAUACAGUGGACAAGAUGGAGCCCGUCAGUCAAGUGAUGUUUACUCCCAAUUUCAAGAUAGGAAUGUUGGUUACCAGAGCUCCCGAUCCGAGGUGAGAGGGUCGUAUUACGGUGGGCAAAGAUACGUGGACAAUAACGGCCACUACGUUGACGCACAGGGCCGGCAUCUGGAUUCGACUGGUCAGUACUACGAUAUCAGUGGAAGAUACCAGGACGCCACGAUGACUCACCAUGUCAACUACCCUUCCGGGGAUCCACGCCGCACCCAAGGCGGCCGGUACGUCUCGGGCGGCAGAUACGUAUCGAGCGCCGGAGGUACAAGAACUCCAGAGAGCGGGAGAUCACAGCCAGGUUUGGGGGAGGUGGACCCAGCUCGCAGCCGUCCCGUCAACAGCUACGGCGGCACGCAGUUUUACAGCGGCGGUUCCACCUACAGGACCACGUACGACCCCAUCGUGUCCCAGAUAUCCUCAGAUCCGUCGUGCCCUGAGACGGCGACGCGGGUGACGAUCAACGGGCUUGAGUGCAGCGCGGCUGUGGCGCAGCUCGGCCGCUACGUCUGCUACAACUACGAGCGCGUCUCCACCGAGUGCUGCCAGAGCUGCAUUGCCGUAAAACGUUUUGAUGAAGUUGGUUGCGAGUACGGGGACCGGUCGACCCAGUGCAGGGACCUCCAACCGUUCGAUUGCUACAACGACCGGAACAGGCAGAUCUGCUGCGAGCGCUGCGAACAGUUCCGCUCACAGAUGUCGCAACAACAGGGUACAUCAUGUGACUACGGUGACUUGACCCCUCGCUGCCAGAAUAUCCGACAGAUGCCGUACCUGUGUUACCUGACCGAGAACCAGCGUAUAUGUUGCAGCACGUGCCCAAGACUAGCAUACUCAGAACGCUCUGAUUGUCAGUGGGGCGACCAGAGUCCGGAGAUCUGUGAGCCGUUUGACGCGAACCGGAGACUGAAGAUCAACUGCUACCUGGAGAGCGUCCGCCAGCUGUGCUGCGCCACGUGCCCCAGUCUUGCCGCCAGGAUGCCGGAACAGGUUCCAGGCUGUGAGUACGGUGACUCGCCUAUCCAGUUCAACACGGGCCGUGGAGUGUUCGGCUGCGCGGAGUACAUCCGUCAGUACGGGGUAGACGAGUGCGACAGCCCGGAACUUAGUCGUGAGUGCUGCUUCACAUGCUAUCGAUACAGGCAGCACAUGCGCCGGGGCUGAUCAGGAGCGCAAACCAUCGUCAACAUCUCAUCGACUACACCCUAUCAUUGUUUUUACAAGUCUGUGUUAAUCUGGCCUGUGUUAGCAAAUGUAAAUACUGACAUGACCUUACAUUUAUCAUAUGCGUAUAUUAAAUGGAAUUAUAACUUUAACUAUUGCCUUGCGAUAACGAGAUAUAAUGGCAAGUUGCUGUGAUGACUUGUGAAGAGAAAAAUAAAAUACUUUUGU